AUGGACUAUAAUAUGGUAUGUAAACAGUGUAGAAAGUGUGGAAAAUAUUUUUCAAGCAGCAAUGUUGCUGAUGUUCAUAAAAAUAGUUGCUCAGAUCCUGGUACAGCCAAAUUCCCAAGUUUAUUGAGUACGAGUAUCGUUGGAGAAGCAAAUGAAAAAGAUGCUAAAGAAAAGUUGGCUCGUAGUACUAUAUGUAGGCCAAAAGACGUUUCAUUUAUAUCUGUAGGCGAUUGUAUUGUUAAAGAGAGUACGUCUAAUGAUCAAAGCUCAAAGUCGAAAGAGGAAUCAAAUAAAAAAACAAAGUUUUUGACGGAGUGGGUUAGAAUUUCUUCUUCAAAAAACGUAGACGGACGUGUUUUGCAUGACUCAAGGUUUAUUUCGGAACUACGUUUCAGGAAGAGUAAUUUACGGAGUCCGAAGCGUCAAAUCCUACGCGGAGUAAGGGCAGAGCUGAAGAAAACUGGUGAAACUGAAGCACCGACAAGAAGUACUGCUGAGGUUGCAAGUACUCCUACAGACAGUGCUAAUCGUACAGAGUGUGUUCGGUUAUGGGACAAAAGAUCUGACUGUGGGCAGGGCCCGAGCUUUGUCAGUGAGGGUAAGAAAUAUGUGACUUCUUGCGAAACUAAGUGUAAGGAACACACAGUGCCGAAUAUUUCACCUACGAGAAUUACGAGAAAUUGCCUUGUGCCACAGGAUUUAAAAUUGGGAUCUUUUAAAUGUGCUCUCCGAGAUCCUCUCGUCUGGGCAACACCGAAUAAUAAACGGAAACAGGACAACCUUCAAUGGCACUUUAUUAAGCAGCAUCGUAACUGUAAGGUUUUUCCAGCAGCAAAUGAAAGCGCGAAUGCUGAAAAUUGUAGGACGAUUUCAUUAUGUAACGAUGCAGUCGUGGGCGAAUUAAGAGGCCACUUUGGUGAAAAAAUUUUGGGCACGCUUGGGAAAGGAGAUGGUUUAUGUUGCCGUGCUGUGAGAGCAGAGCCUGGACGUUCUGUCUCUAGUAAACCUUCACAGGAACAUGACGUUGGCUUACACACAUUAAGUUUGAAAAACGCUUCAAGACGUCCAUCGGUGCUGUCGACCAAAAACAUUGGGGAGGCUGGGUCACAUCCAUUAGUAGUAAGAAUUCAGAACGGGAAGGUUGUGAAGCUUCCGUCAAACUUUAAAAGUCAUCUCCAUGUAAGCGGCAGCAGUAAGUCCGUAGCAGGCGGACAGUUGCUUUUCAAAACUAAUGGCCCAAGACCAAACGUUUCUAAAAAAAGGAACAACAUUCUAAAAAAAAUCCCAAUUUUAAAGUCUUCGAGGCAGCAGUUGGCUUACGUAGGUAGCAAGCAUUUGAAGAAAUAUCCUUGCGUAGAACUAAAUGGGUUUGCCAAUGUUAGUAUGGACUCGUUACCUACGCGCUUUGGAGGAAAAAGCGUCCAAAACCCCCUCGUUUCUCUCGAAGAAAUGAUUAAGAGUUCAAGAACUGCUGAACCUGAUGCUGAAUUAGGAACGGAAAGCCACUCGCUACUAAACUGCUUCUCAGCUGAGGAGAGUUCUGCCUGUGAAGAGGAUGUUUCUAACAGUAUAUUGGGGACAAAAGGAGAGGUAUCAGUAAUGGGGAAGAGCCGCGCUAGCCAAAAACCGAAACGAGGGUCUCAUUACAGGGUUCAUGGUGAACCUCGACUUGAUCAAGAUAAACUGGUUUUGGUGCACCCUUAUGAAGAACGGGAGCUUGAACCGGAAGAAAGGUGCUAUCACAUUGAACGCGCAAUAUUGCUAAUGAGGCGAGAUUUUGUUACAUUGAGUUCUAUUCGGAGGUAUGGCCCCUCUUGGCUCCGGGUAGUUACUGACGAUGAGAUAAUCAAGGCUAUCAGUUCACUUGUGUGUACUGGGCUUCUCUUUGUUGAUAAAACGAUGUUUUCGCCAAAGUCUGACAGUGCUGUUUAUUCAUUUACAGAUCCAAGAGAUACGUGGUUAUCGUUCUACUGGGUCAAAGAAGACGAUUACAUGAUGCACUUUGAAGGUGACCAGUUUACUGACCUUGUCAGUGGGCCUUUUCGGGUGUAG